UGUGGCCUGCAGCAUGCUUAUUGCGUACACGUGUGCUUUAGGAAUAUAGAAGACCAGCAAGAAACAGGUUUUUCUGGAAGGUUUUGUAAUCCUAGAAAUAUUUUUGUCUUUCGCGGUUUCACCAUAUCGUUCUUGUGACUCGGCACUGUCGGCAGUGUAAUAUCUUUCCUAACUCACGUUGCUGGACAACUCCGCUGAUUCUGCGCUAGUGGAAGGGGAAUAUCAAUGUUUCUUGAGAUCCAGCACGCGAUUCACGAUUGUAAUACCUUCUGGGGACCAUCUCACCAUCAGCUAAAUCUAACUAAUUGAGAAUCUACAGCUGCGAUUUCCUGGCUGCUAACUGGGCUUUCAUUUGUGAUUAGCUCGCUCAUUAUCCUUUUGCAUUUGCCACAUGCAACUACUGGGUUUCUUUGCUUUUCGGGGAUUCGUAUGAUUAGCAGCUGCUUCAAGCCACGUUUCUUUCCUUCGCCACGGUCCGUGCACAGCAACCAUGGAAAGUUUGUACAAUGCUCGGAAUCCAGCAGUAAAGCGCUUAUUUCGGGAAGCUCAGGAACUGCGUCAAAAUCCCGAUGAAGAUUUCAACGCUGAACCUCUCAAGGACAAUCUCUUUGAAUGGCACUUUACCAUACGUGGGCCAUCCGACACAUCGUUUGAAAAUGGGCUGUACCAUGGCCGAAUUAUUUUGCCACCUGAUUACCCGAUGAAGCCUCCCAACAUUAUCAUCUUGACGCCUAACGGACGCUUCGAGACCAACACCAAAAUUUGUUUAAGCAUUUCUGGAUAUCACCCCGAAACAUGGCAGCCUUCUUGGUCUAUUAGAACCGCUUUGAAAGCUUUGAUUGGCUUCAUGCCCACGCCGGGAAACGGGGCUAUUGGUUCGCUGGAUUUGCCCGACUCUCAUCGGCGACAGUUGGCAAUAGCUUCACGGAACUGGAAAUGUCCUGAGUGUCAGACAGCCAAUUGUGACUUGUUGGUGUCCUGCUCCACAAGCGGUAACACAUCCACUCCGACGCCCACACCCACUGAUACUGUGGAUGGAUUUAAUCCGUUUUCUGUUUUGGCACCGCGAGCGGACACCUCUGCUUCUGCUGAAUCAUUGACGCCAUCCAUUACUAGUGAGCCAGUGAAAGCUUCUGGAGACAUUGUGGAUGACCCCUCCUUUGCGCCAUUAGCCCGUCCCCGGGCCAGCUCUUUGCAGAGCCGACCCGGUCAAGGCAGUGGGAAACGUGCACAUUUCGCAACGGAGCUGGUGAAGUCCACAACUUUUAACAGUAGUGACCCGCCUUCUGAAGCCUAUGUGUUUCCACCACGGUCCCCUCUGGCACAGUCAACUUCCGAGCCAGUUGUUGCACAGUCGUCGGCAUCGUUUCUAGAAGCAACGACGCCAUCGUCCCCACCACGCGCCGUGCAGAGCGAUCUAACUGAAAUGCGAGAAAGACAGGCAAAAAUUCUGCAGGAGCGUAGGAGAGUCUUGCGGGAGCGUUUAGCUACGACGGAACGCGAGCCGGAGACAGGAGAGCAACCUUCUGCUGCUGGAGCAUUCGGUGUCACUGAUCCACAACGACUGGAACGUAUUGUGCAAGGACUGAGACAAAUUGUUUUGUUUAUUAUGGUGUGCCUGAUGAUAAUUAUACUGCGGCGUGUUAUGAUGGUUUUGGAAGACGAUAGCUUUGCUGAAUUGUGAUAAAUUUACCGUUUUUGAGAUUUCCAUGCCAGAAUGGUCAUUGCUUUGGUUACUCACGGACCACGGUCAUCAUAUGGAUUUGCGUAGUUUUAAUUUUACAGUCUUUUAUUGAAUGUCCCCGGUGAUGGUUGAUUUUGUGAGAAUUCGCGGUCGUUUACUGUUUUCUGGAUUAAAUUUGGUACAGUGUG